UUAGCAAUGUUAAAGCUUGAGCAUUCGACUAAAGAGCAAUUGAUGUAUUAACAUGAGUCUGAGCUUUUGUAAACUGGAUUCCUAUUUGCAGCCCUAAGUUUUUAAAAUUUCAGCCCUAAAUAAACUGAACAGACAAAAUUACCCCUCCAACCAUUUUCAAUCGAAGCCCUAAUCCCCUAAUCUGUCUAGCCGCCGUCGUUCGCCAUUUAUGACCGUCGCCGCCGCCGUUCGCCCUCCCGUCGCAGGAAGCCCCCUCCCUCCACAAGCAGGGCCUUGGAAAGGCGGAUCGGUGCUGCAAAUCAUCCACAAGCUCGGGUCCUUGUUGUCGUCGUACUUGUGGCAUAUGCAGCACGAGCACCUCUUGCAGAACGUAUCGCCCUGUUUCAUUGUGGCUUUACAGGCAGAGUUCUUGCAGUAGACCGUAUUCGCCUGAUUGGGGGCGUCUCCUCCGCCGCCGCUGGUUGGAGUGACGGGGAGCAGUCGAGACGGUGGUACAUCCACCUUAAACCCAAACUCAUCAUUUAAUUUCAUUUGUCCUGUUUUGCUUUCCCCCUGUUUUUUUCCCCAAAUUUCUCCGACUCUUUCUCCCCAGCCACCGCCAUGGCCAUCAAUCACUCUUCCACCUAUACCUCUGUCAUCGUUUGGGCGACGACACUAUUUAGGGACGAGCCCCCUUCCGGGGUCUGCAAGUCGGUGCAGAAAAUCUUGCUAACAAAAACAAAAAAGAAUGGUUCGAAUUGACGAGCCAUCCAUUUCGGAUGCUCUAGAAGCAGAGGAAGAAGAAGAGCUGGUAGACGCGGCGGAAUCAGGGGAAGCUGCGGCGGCGGAGGCAGAGGAAGAGGAGGAACCGAUUGGAUACGAUGAGCUGAAGAGGCGGAUGUGGAAGGAUCGAUUACGGCUCCAGAAGUUCGAAGAGAAUCGAGGGACUGCUGCUGCUACGACAAAAGAGUUGGCGCUGAAGGAUCGAUUACGUCAGCCGCCGGUCAAUUAAAUGAGCAGGAUUUUAGGGAUUAGGGCGGCGCCGGUCAUCGCAAAAUUAGGGAUGUGAUGGUUUGAAAUUAGGGCGGCGAAUGGCUAAUAGGGGUAAUAUUGUCUGUUUGGUUAAAUUAGGGCGUAAAAUUUAAAAAGUUUAGGGCUUUAAUUAGUACCUCCCUUUGUAAACUAUGGGUGAAACAUAGGGCAAUUGGAACCACAAGCCUAACAAAAGCAACUAACUAUCCUCACAUGUGACAAGCAAAAGCUCCAAUCUUUCUCGUUUCUACUGCCAAGGAGGCGGUUGCAAGCUAAAGCCAACUUCACAAAACAACAUAGGCAUCCCCAGUUAAACCUGUAUUAUUCUGAAGAGAUGAGGGACAGAAGUCUCAAUCAUAACACUUAAAUACAAAGAGGAUCGAUUG